UUUUCAACCAUUGUGGGGAAAAUACAUCAUAAAAUCCUGUCACCAUCACGUCUCUAACUUCGAGACAGAUACUUUUGCUUUUGAUAAACCCAUCACUUUACCCCAUUUAAUAAAGUCGUGGCGUCUCUGGGCAAGCGCCUAGGAUACAGUAGCUACCUACGCUACCUACAUCACGACCAAACUGCCGGGUUGGCUGGCUGCUACCUUGCCAACCUACCUUGAAAAGUCUUCCGGUCAAUAUUUUGGUCGGUGUAUAUAUCCACCUUGGGUCAUACUUAUCUUAAGCCUUACCUCUUCCUCAGGCCAUGUCAGCAUACACACUCACCGGGACUCGUCUUUGGUGACACCGGACCCGGAAGUUGAGAGCAGUCUUUCCAGGGGUACAAAUCCGGGGCAGUCUCCUUGCUUGCUUCCUGUGGUGCACCUUUCGCACUACAUAGCCGAGUCCCGUCCUGCGCGACCAACCGGUAUCUUCCUUGGAUGGCUACCACUUGGCUCCCUGCCUUGUAGCAUACCACACACUUCUACUGAAGUAGCAGUAGGUACGCAGAAAAGAGCUGCAUCUUGUGCGCUAGGAUUACAUUCAGUCGGGAGAACACGCAUUUUUACUGCGGAUAGACCACGGCAGCUGCCCAUCACACACAAUGAAGCUAUCGCAGGCCUGUCUGGUGCUUCUCGGCACGCUCGCGUCGUCCGCGACGAGCCUACUGUUGGCCCCAAAUUCGCCAUGCGCAAGGCACUGCGGAAACGUGCUCUCGGCCACCACUGCCGAUGACAUGGAGUGCUUUGACAACCCUUCAGAUUACUCAACCACAGCCGCUGGCAAUGUGCUUCAGAACUGCUUGACAUGCGAGAUGAACAGCGACUAUACAUCCGCUGGGCAGUCCGAUCUAGAGUGGCUCAUAUAUAACCUGAGAUACGCACUCUCAUUCUGCCUCUUUGGCUUUCCCAACAGUGAUAAGAAGCUCGGGUCGACUCCAUGUACCACAAGCACUGCUUGCGGGCCCUUUAGAGACGCAAUUCAAUGGCAGAAUCUUACGACAGCGGCCGGACGCUACGACUUUUGCAACUCUUGGAGGGUCAACGACUUGUCGAAAUGCCAACCGUGCCUCCAGUCCGGGCGUCACUAUAUCUUGUCCAACUACAUGACCAUGCUCGACGCGGCUUGCACGCAACAGCCCGCCGAAGGACGCACCAUUUCGGUCUCCGGCCCCCCUUUCACGACCAAUGCCAUCGUGGCCACGACCCCGGCCCCUACCGGCUACACGUUUGUGCCUGAUAACGGCCCACUGAACCUCGGCGCAAAGGUCGGCAUCGCCUUCGCCGGAGUGGCCGUUAUACUCAUCGCCGCCGGCUGUGGCAUCGUCUGUAACGGUAAGCGCAGGCGCCGACGGUUCUUGCGCGACAUGGAAAAGCGCCAGGCGAUGGCCCAGUCCCAGGGUUUUGGCGGUAAUCGCUGGGCCGGCACCCAUGGGGCAGGCGGCGACAUGUUCGAGACCCCAGUCAGCCAGAGGCCGCUUGUUGGCGGCUGGGAGCAGUCUCCCACGUCGGCUCACACUGAUCGAACCGGUUUCUCAACCGGAUUUUCGCCGGCCAUGGAGAAGAACGACGGCGCCGGACCCUCGACGUUCCCGGCUCGAUACUAUUCCCCUUACAGCAGCCCCAUCAGCGCUGCCGACGCCAACGCCAUGCAGCAUCAUCAACAGCAGCAGCAGCAGCAGUGGCCACCGAUGACCCAAGAAGCGUUAGCACAGAUGGAGCACCAGCGCGAACAGGAUCUGCUGCAGCAGCAACAUUACUUCAUGCAGCAACAGCAGUACCAAAUCCAACAGCAACGACUCUACCAAUCACAACAACAUCUAAGCCCGCAAGACAUAGGAGUCGCGCUGGGUGGUGAUGAUCCAAGCCUGCGGUCGAAAAAGUCUGAUCUGAGCUUCGUCUCCAAGGAGUCGGACCCUGCACCCCAACCUCCGCAGCCGAACCCGCUAGCAAGCAACCCCUGGUCCUCCGCGGACGUCAAGGGCAAGCAUCCUGCCUACCAUAGCAGCACUGAGGAGUACGAGUUGAAGGAGGUGGACAGCAACGGGACCAUACGGGGUGUCCCUACCGCGGCUGCGCAGCAGGCCCCGGUGCUCCAGCAUCCUGGCUUCGGGAGGUAUCCGGCGCCGACGGCGGGGAGGAAUCAGUGGGUUUAGCGUGUAUAGUGUAUCCUAAUGCAGUCACUGAACAUUUUUCACAAUCUUUAAUACUCAAGACAUUUGUAAAACACA